CACGCCCCCGCGGGACCCCCGCCCGCCUUCGUCAGCUCGGCCGACCUGCUGAAGCUGCGCUCGCUGGGCGAGGGGCCCCCCAAGGAGCUCAAGAUCCGCCUGAUCAAGGUGGAGAGCGGGGCCGGGGGGCCCGGGGGGAUCCCCGGGCUCGGGGGGACGCCCGCCGGUGACGCCUUGGUGGCCUCGGAGGUGGCCGAGCCCCGGGGGCUGCCCCUGGCGCAGCUGACGAUCCGGCACAGCGCCGCCGAGGUGGUGCGCGCCAGCAAGCAGGCGCGGCUGAAGGGGCCGUUCCGCGAGUCCUACCUGUGCCCGGCGCAGUCGGUGAAGCCGCGCAUCGACGCGCGCGAGCAGCUGCCCCGGGACAAGCUCAACCCGCCCACGCCCAGCAUCUACCUGGAGAGCAAACGCGACGCCUUCUCGCCCGUGCUGCUGCAGUUCUGCACCGACCCCAAGAACCCCAUCACCGUCAUCCGGGGCCUGGCGGGCUCCCUGCGCCUCAACCUGGGGCUGUUCAGCACCAAGACCCUGGUGGAGGCCAGCGGCGAGCACGCGGUCGAGGUGCGCACGCAGGUGCAGCAGCCCUCGGACCAGAACUGGGACCUGUCGGGGACGCGCCAGGUGUGGCCCUGCGAGAGCAGCCGCUCCCACACCACCAUCGCCAAGUACGCCCAGUACCAGGCCUCCUCCUUCCAGGAGUCCCUGCAGGUGAGGGGGCACGGCCGGGGUCUCUCAGGUGACAGGGUCUGGGUCUCUCAGGUGACAGGGCGUGGCCCCCGGGCGGGCCGUGCCCCAGGUGGGUGCCCCCCGGGUGACACGGCUGUCCCCGUGUCGCUGCCCCGCAGGUGGAAGCCGCAGCUGCAGGAGCUGCUGAAGCUGCCGGCGUUCAUGCGCGUGUCCUCCACGGGGAACAUGCUGAGCCACGUGGGCCACACCAUCCUGGGCAUGAACACCGUGCAGCUCUACAUGAAGGUGCCCGGCAGCCGCACGCCCGGCCACCAGGAGAACAACAACUUCUGCUCGGUGAACAUCAACAUCGGCCCCGGCGACUGCGAGUGGUUCGCGGUGCACGAGCACUACUGGGAGACCAUCUCCGCCUUCUGCGACAGGCACGGCGUGGACUACCUGACGGGCUCGUGGUGGCCCAUCCUGGAGGACCUGUACCGCUCCAACAUCCCGGUGUACCGCUUCGUGCAGCGCCCCGGCGACCUGGUGUGGAUCAACGCCGGCACCGUGCACUGGGUGCAGGCCACGGGCUGGUGCAACAACAUCGCCUGGAACGUGGGGCCGCUCACCGGUGUCCCCUGUGCCCCGGCUGUCCCAGGUGUCCCAGGUGUCCCCAGGUGUCCCAGGUGUCUGAGGUGUCCCUGUGCCCGCAGGUACUGCCUGCUGCAGUCCAUCAAGCACUGCCAGGUGCAGCGCGAGAGCCUGGUGCGCGCGGGCAAGAAGAUCGCGUACCAGGGCCGCGUCAAGGACGAGCCGGCCUACUACUGCAACGAGUGCGACGUGGAGGUGUUCAACAUCCUGUUUGUGACGAGCGAGACGGGCGGGCGCAACACGUACCUGGUGCACUGCGAGGGCUGCGCGCGGCGCCGCGGCGGCGGCCUGGCCGGCGUGGUGGUGCUCGAGCAGUACAAGACCGAGGAGCUGAUGCAGAUCUACGACGGCUUCACGCUGGUGACGCCGCCGACCCCCAGAUGAGGCCGGGCCCCCCCCCCGGGCACCCCCCCCCCCCCCCCCCCC